AUGCAAGGCCUGUCUCUUGAGGCUAAGCAUCUGAGGGAUUUCAGGAAGUUUGACCCUCGCUCCUUUGAUGGAUCGUUGGGGGACUCCACUAAAGUAGAGAUGUGGUUAUCAUUUAUCGAGGCAAUUUUUCGUUUUAUGAGGUGUCCGAAAGAGCAUAAGCACCAAUGUGCAGUUUUCAUGUUGACUGGCAAUGCAAAAAUCUGGUGGCGUUCAAUAAAAAAAAUGAUUGAUACUGGUGGGGAACUUGCAACUUGGGAGCAGUUCAAGGAGCAUUUUUAUGAGAAGUAUUUUUCGGCCAACACCUGGUAUAACAAGCAGAUAGAAUUCUUGGACUUGAAACAGAGAGUUAUGUCGGUUGAGGAGUAUGAGCAGGAAUUUGAUAAGCUGUCCCACUUUGCUCCUGAACUAGUAGCCACUGAGGCAACAAGGACAGAGAAGUUCAUCUAG